AUGUGUUCACCAAACAAGAGGACCCAGUGGAGGGAGGACCUUCAGCAUUUCCGUAAAGACCAUGGCUUCUCCAAGAAAGUCCUGUUCAACUGCUGCCUGGUGCGGCGCAUCAUCACCUGGGCCUCCCCAAACCCAAAAGACAGCGUUGAAGAUGAGCUUGAGCUAUCUACAGUCCGCCAUCGCCCUGAGGGACUGGAACAGCUUGAAGCUCAGACGCGUUUCUCCCGCAAGGAACUUCAGAUCCUUUACCGCGGCUUCAAAAAUGAAUGCCCCAGCGGAAUCGUCAACGAAGAAACCUUUAAAGACAUCUACGCACAGUUCUUCCCGCAAGGAGAUGCUUCGACAUAUGCGCAUUUCUUGUUCAAUGCAUUUGACACAGAUCACAAUGGCUCUGUGAGUUUUGAGGAUUUUGUCAUGGGCCUUUCUAUCCUCCUGCGUGGCACGAUCCAGGAAAAACUCAACUGGGCUUUCAACCUGUAUGACAUCAAUAAAGAUGGCUAUAUCACUAAAGAGGAAAUGCUAGACAUCAUGAAGGCCAUCUACGACAUGAUGGGAAAAUGCACAUACCCCGUCCUCAAAGAGGAGGCGCCUCGUCAGCAUGUAGAAGUAUUCUUUCAGAAGAUGGACAAGAAUAAAGACGGAGUGGUAACCAUCGACGAGUUUAUCGACUGCUGCCAAAAUGAUGAAAACAUCAUGCGAUCAAUGCACCUCUUCGAAAAUGUUCUUUAA